AAAAAAAACAGUUCAAUAUCCUAAAAAUAUAUAUGUAUUAUACCUAUAUUUUUAUGUAUGAAUGUAAAAAAGAGGGGGGAGAGAUGUAGUGCGAUUUGUGUCGAUUGACGCAAAAAACAUUAUUUCCACAAGUUGUAAAAUCAAAAUAAUAAAAAUGUUUACUAUGUCAUACAAUAAUAUCGAAUCAAAAAUAUUACGAAAUUUAGAAAAAAGUAAUAUAGUACAUCGACACCAGUCAGGCACAGGACUAUGGCUAGGAUUGCUAAUUGGUAUCUGUGCUUUGGUUACAUUAAUAAAAGAGGACAAUAGUUAUUCAGAAAUAUGUUUACUCAAUGGAAUAACAGGAUUCGGAUUAAUUAUGAGUUGUAUUUGUUUAAUAUUUCAACUGUACAUGGGUACAACAUCCACUAAAGAUUUUCAGUUGUUAUAUUUUUUACCAACGGGUUUAACAUCGCUGUUAUAUUUACUCUGGGCAGAUAAAGGUUUACUGGUAAGUGUGUCAUGGGGUUUAGGAGUUGGAACUUUGAGUACCUGGGGAGUGUUGCAGCUUAUGAGUUACUUACCAGGAUGUCUAACAUUAGGUGAAUGUAUUACUAUAAUGCAUGGAAUUAUAUUGUUUCUUUUAUCGAGUGGAACAAAUUUACCUUUAAGAUAUCAUUUGCCACCUUUGCAUGACGAUGAUAUUGCAACGACUAUUUUACAGGUCGGAAUUAUUUACGUCGGAUUGUUAUGUUUAAUUUGCACUUUUUAUCCUCAAUCACGAUCAGCAAAUUUUUUUUAUCCAAUAGCUUUUGGAAUUUUACUAAUUGUCGUGAUCCCAGUGUUACAUAUUUUAUUAGACCAAAGUCCCUUGUUGUGGAUAUUAUUUUUUGUAUUCGGAAGUUUCAGAAAAAUAUCAUUGAUAAUGUAUUGGAGUGUGUGUUUGCUGAUAGCAAUAAUUAUCAUCACUCGUCAAAUAUUAUCCGAUUCAUCAGCAAGUACAGUAGAGCGAAAAACUUUUCAUCUUUUAUCAGUUUUAGUGUACACUCCAGGAUUAAUAUGGGAACCAACAUUACUUUAUCUCGCGAGUGGAAUUAUUAUGGGAUUAUUUAUGAUGCUUGAGUUAAUGCGCUUGAUAAACUUACCGCCGAUGAAUAAAAUUUUACAACUCGGAUUUUCAGCAUUUGUAGAUGAAAAAGAUUCAUUAAUUUCGUUAACUCCGUUGUAUCUUCAUAUUGGUGUAUCAUUUCCUUUAUGGAUGCCAUCAAGUAAUAUCGAAUUAUUACCUCUAAUGAGUGGUAUGAUCGUAUUAGGUAUAGGUGAUUCAGCAGCUAGUUUUAUUGGCAGUAAAUAUGGAAAACAUAAAUGGCCAGGAACUUCUAAAACACUAGAGGGUACAAUUGCCUGUAUUUUGAGUCAAUUAUUAUUCAUCUACGGACUCGCUGUAGUCGGACUAGUCUCUGGUGGAUUGGCUCUGAUAAAAAGUACUCUAGCAGUUAUUGCAGUAUCGAUCAUCGAAGCACAAACGAAUCAAGUUGAUAAUCUCCCUCUACCUCUUCUUCUAUAUAUUUUUUUGAUAUUAUAAAUAUUUUUAUAUUUUUAUUUUAUAUCUAGAAAAAAAAACUUAAUUGAUCGUUUAGUUUUUAUAAUUAGAUCAAAAACAAAGUGAUCAUACUAAAAUUGUUUUGGUUGUUAUAGUUUCAUAUAUUAUUAAUAAUUGAUAUUUUGAGUAAUAUCUGGAUAUAAUUGUAAAGUUUACAGUGCCUUAGGAUACACUUCAGCAUUGCAACGAUGAAUUUAUUUAACAAAUUAAUUAUAAGAUUAAUUUUAUAUGUUCCUUAUUGAAUUUUUUUAUCUUUUUAAUAGAAUUAUUAUUAAUAAAAAUAGUCAUUUUUUUAAUUCCAGCCAACAGCGGUUCAUAACUAUUGAUAUAUUUAAUUAUUGUUUAAGUUAAUGUAACAGUUUUUAUUAUAUGUGUAAAUUUAGUUUAACUCGUAUAUUUAGUACUAAUGUUUAUGGGAUAUUACCAUUGCAUUCCUACAAAUUAAUGUAAGGUAUUUUUUCUAAAACAAGAUAAAUAUUUUUAUCUUAUGAAAUAUUAAUUAUACUAAACCAUUUUAUGAAAUAUUUUUUUACAUAAAUGAAAAAUAACAAUAUAUUAAUAAAAAAGUUGAAAGAUUA